GCAGCAACGGGGUUCUAUGAGUCGUUGUAGUGGGAGGCCGGCCAGCUAGCCAGCCACCUAACCCAUCCAGGCAACAGCAAUGGACCCUCUGGAGCAGGAAUACAAGUCUCCAUUUGACUUUGAGCAGGGGGUGAAUAGCAGCUACCUCUAUCUGUCUCCCAGCUUCAAUGUAACACCACCAGGCUCACCGCAAGUGACUGUCACAGCCAGAGGGGCUGUGAGACCAGACUUUACCCCAGAGUUAGGGGAGGAUGCAGUGACGUCAGUGACCGUGUCCCCUGCCAUCCCCACCCUGACAGAGGAGGAGCAGGAAGAGCUUCGAGGGGAGCUGCUCAGGGUGGAGGAUGAGAUCUUGACUCUGUCUCAGGUGCUGGCAACUAAGGAGAACCAGUUGGCAGACAUCAAGAGGAAGCUGGGCAUCACUCCUCUCAACGAGAUCAAACAGAACCUCAGCAAGAGCUGGCACGAGGUCACCACCUCUACAGCCUAUAAGAAGACGUCAGAGGGCCUGUCCGUGGCCGGUCAGAAGGCCACAGCAGCCUUCAACAACAUGGGCUCAGCCAUCAGCAGGAAGUUUGAGGAUGUCAGGAACACACCCACCUUCAAGUCGUUUGAGGAGAAAGUAGAGACUUUAAAGGUCAAGAUGAGCCCGACGGUGUCUCAGGGUGACUUUGGCGACGUGUUGACCUCUACAGCAACCUCUGACCCGUCUGUUGUCGUGGAGAAACAGCCAGAGGCCACGCCCAUCGUCAUCCAGGAAGAACAUCUCCAGUGAGACCAGCCUGACCUUUCAUCCCUGACCCCCAGCCAGAUUGGCAUCCGCUGAAACUAUACCCCCUUUACCCUUCUGUCUCUCCUCUCUCUCUCACCUCCUCUUACUUCCUCCCU